AUGACCCCACCGGGCCCGUUCUCGAGCGUGUGCACCCGCCGCCACUUUCGCCCUGCGGCCGCCGACGAACAUUUCCCGGUAUGCAAACAGUGCCAACUUGUUGCGUACUGCAGUAGGGCCUGCCAGGAGGCCGCGUGGCCGGAUCACAAGUCGAAGUGCAGAGAGGAAUGCCGCGAUAGAGAGGCGAGGCGGGCGCUCGACGCACAGCCUGAUGUCGCCGCCCAACAAGCAGCCCAGGGCGUACCACCCGUAGAAGUCCGCACCCAGCUGCUCCGUGACUUCACGGAGCUGCACAAAUAUACCGCGUACUGGGCGCUGUGCGCUGCGCUUGACGAAAACGAGGAGGAUCCCACAAAUGAAACCAUUCGUAAUCUUCUCAUCGUCGAGAUUGCGUACCGAAAGGACUGUGACGACGACCCCAGCCGCGCAUACUACGUCACGAAUGCAAGGCUCUGCUACAUCGACAAGCUCCAUAUUUGGACUCCCGAUGAGGAUUUGGGUUUCAUACCAGGUAGUGACAUCACGGUCAUCGAGUUCCCCACUGUUCUUUGGCAUACCGACGAUGGCAUGUCUUCGUCGAUGAUCGCAAACGAAUCCGAGGCACCCCACCUUCCGUCCAUGCUACACAACAUGGACGGCAGUCGUUGGUUCGACUACCUACUACGCAUAAUCAACUCUGGUCUGGUGUUCAGAACGCCUGAACACGGACCUAGGCACGAAAUGUCUCUGGGCCGUCUGGAGAAGUCGGGCUCCGGAUGGCGUUGGCGUUCGUUGAAGUCCGUUGCCAAGGCUAGUCGGAAGGAUCGAGUGUAGAUUGAUUCGGCGAGUCUUUCUGCUUCAACGGCCCGCUUUCUCGCCGAUUGACGUUCAUCCAGCACUACGACCUUUCAGUCCUUCAUCUUGGCCAUGUAUUCUUUUUCUGGCGGCAUCACAUUUCUUUCCGUCCUCGUCCUCGUUUCUCUAUCUCUCAACUUGUAUCAUACGUGGCGUAUGCACCUGCGCCUAGGCAGUCCGACUGAAUGUAUCAAUCCGAGUAUGAAGCGUGUUUGUACUGUAUAAUGAGCUUCUCUGAUUGUAUCCAUUCCCGCGCCGAUGAUGUCAAUGUAUUCUGUUUCUG